CUCAAAAAAGGCGAGCGGGUAGUGAAAACAAAAAACAUAAGUUAAAGCGUAGUUUGUUAAAAUCAUAUGAAUAAAUUUGAAACUAAUACAUAAUAGUUAUAAGAAUUUAUCCAAAUGGCUGCUGAAGAUGUAAAACCAGAACGAAUGGAGGAAGACCUGAAAAAACCCAUUUGUCUGAUAGUAUUAGGAAUGGCGGGGGCUGGAAAGACAUCAUUUACAAGAAGACUUUCCAGCAAAGUGAUUGAUGGUGCUAGACCAUACUUAAUAAAUUUAGACCCUGCAUGCAGAGAAGUCCCAUACCCAGCAAACAUAGAUAUAAGAGACACAGUUGACUAUAAAGAAGUUAUGAAGCAAUAUGGCUUAGGCCCUAAUGGUGGAAUUGUCACAGCACUAAAUUUAUUUUCCACUAAAUUUGGGCAAGUGGUAGAGUUGAUUGAAAAAGCUGGCAAGAAACACAAGUAUUGCAUCAUUGAUACACCAGGUCAAAUCGAAGUCUUCACAUGGUCAGCUUCAGGCACAAUAAUAACAGAAACUUUGGCUUCCUCAUGUCCAACUGUAGUUGUGUAUGUUAUGGACACAGUCCGGAGUGUGUCCCCUGUCACAUUCAUGUCUAAUAUGUUGUAUGCAUGUUCAAUAUUGUACAAAACGAGAUUGCCUUUUGUGGUAGUAAUGAAUAAGACUGAUGUAGUUGAUAACUCAUAUGCAGUAGAAUGGAUGCGUGACUUCGAAUCAUUCCAAGAAGCUCUAGAUGCAGAAGGGGACGGGGAGGGAGGGAACUCUUAUAUCGGCAAUUUGACACGAUCAAUGUCACUAGCGCUCGAUAAUUUCUACUCAGAUCUGAGGUGUUGCGGUGUCAGCGCACAUACUGGAGCAGGUUUAGAUGAUUUCUUCAAGUUGGUUGAUGAAGCUGCUGAAGAGUAUGAGAAAGAAUACAAAGCGGAUUGGUUAAAAAUGCGAGCUGAAAAGUUGGAAGAGGAGAAGAGGAAAAAAGAAGAUCUGAAAUCUGGAAAAAUAGAGGACACAGACACCGUGUUAGACAAGAAUUCGUUGAUUGAAUCAGUGGGUGUCGGCCGGGAGAUCAGCGACGUGUAUUUGAAGCACCCCGCCAACGAGAGCUCCAGCGACGAGGAGGGGGAAGAGGCACCCGCGGAAAUUGACGACAAACCCGAGGACGUAGCCAUGUUCCAAGACUUCAUCAGGAAACACGUGAAACCCAAUAACACUGGCAACACCACGUGAGCUAAAAACUACCAUUGCCGCGCUGCGCUCGCAAAUGUAAAUAGUAGCUUUAAAAUAAAACAAUAAAUAUGGUGAGGAGUUUUUUAUUUAAACUGGGUGCUGAUAAAAAAUCUUGUUAUUUAAGUAAAAAAGGUAUAAUAUAAAUACAAAAUGUGUACAUUUUCAAUAUAGGC